CCCCUUACUAAAUAAACUGCACAUUUACAUCAUAAACAGAAACAUGUUUUGUGUUGUUUGUUUUUGUGGUCAGUGUUGGAAGACCACAGAACAGAUGACUUGAAUUUAUUCUUAGACUGUGUGCGGAACACUGAAUUCAUUGAUUAGAAUGCACAAAUCACAUGUUUGCCUUCAAUUUCAGCAUUCCGUGUGCCUUUCCUGAGGGAAGAGAGGUGCUUUGACACAAUGACAGUGUGACCCGUGAGUGACCGCAGCAGCUCAGUGAGUUCAGAUCAUUCAGCAGCAGCAGCAACAACUCUGAAAUCUCUCCUCGUCCAUUAGACUCUCAUUAUAUACAGAAAUACUGAGGGUUUUUUCUCUGGAAUCAAACGGAUAUCCGAUGGAGGGUUGAAAUCAUUCAUCUGAUGAUGAAAUCUGCUGAUAAGUAAGUAAAUUUGAGAUGAAAAUUAAAUCUAUUAUGAUAUGCAUUUGUUGUACAGAAUGACAGUGGUCCAAUAACAUGAUUAGGAUGCCGUUUAUACAAGUGUGUAUUGUAUUUCUGUCCAAGAUUAUCUUUGAUAAACACUGUAUAAAACAUUUCAUGCCACUUUUCCACUUGUUUCUCUAUUAUUUGCAUGCCAUUGUGAGUGUUGUAAGAGCCUGUGUUUAUUUGUGUUUGUGUAACUGUGACCCUUUUCAUUGUCUUGUGUUACUCCAGCAUUCUCUGGCUGUUUUCACACCACAACUCAUUUUACAUGCUUAGAAACGUUUACAGAAAUGUAAUAUUUUUAUUGAUUUCAGUGUUGUCUGAUGAUCCCUCUAGAGCAGCUGUCACUUCAGCAGUAUUAAAGUCUAUGUAUGAAGGAUGAUUCACGCAAAUGGACAAAGAUUUAAAAUAGCGGAUUAUUUUUCCCUCAGAAUGUGCAGAAUUAUGCUUUGGGAUGAUGGAUAAUCAACAUAGAAGAACUGUUAAUAUGGCCUCCAGUGAACCUGUUACUUAUCAAUCUAAUGAGGAACCCCAGCCUGGUGACCUCAUCGAGAUCUUCAGACCAGCCUAUCAGCACUGGGCUCUUUACCUGGGAGACGGAUACAUCAUCAACCUCACUCCUGUUGAUGAGGGUCAAGCAGCUGCCAUGUCCAGCGUGAAGUCUGUGUUCAGCCGGAAGGCCGUGGUCCGCAUGCAGCUCUUGAAGGAGGUUGUGGGGGCAGAUUCAUUCAGGAUCAACAAUAAAUAUGAUGACAAUCACACGCCCCUGCCCGUCUCUGAGAUCAUUCAGCGAGCUCAGCUCCUCAUUGGACAGGAGGUGUCAUAUGACCUGCUGGGCAGCAACUGUGAACACUUUGUCACUCUUCUUCGCUAUGGGGAGGGAGUGUCUGAACAGGCGUCACGGGCGAUAGGCGCCAUCAGUUUGGUGACGGCUGCAGCAAGUGCUUUCUCAGUGCUGGGACUGAUCAACACACGCUCCAGAAACAGACCGUUCUAGAUCUGCUGAAGCUCAGACCACAUAAGACGUUAUAUAUAUGGAGCGAUCUGAAUUACAUCUGCUGACCUUUUCAUAUGGAUGGAAAGACUGUAGGGCAUCUGAUAAAACAGCAGUCAAAAGUUAAAUGUCCUCGAUAUACUCAGCUUUUUAGGUUGAAAACAAGUUGUGCGUGACAAUGCAAUGAACCUUUGCUGUGACAACUUGAUAUGGUAUUCAUAGAAAUUAAAUAAAAACUGUAAUAAACUAGGAUUUUGUCUGGAUAAAGGAGUU